AGUCCGCUAUCCCGGCGGCGCAGCGAGUCCCGCCGGUGGACGGAAACAUGGAGCGGGCGGCGGCUGGGCCGGCGGUGGAGGGCGGCGGCGUGAGCCGGAGAACCGUGCGGGCGGGGGGCGCCGCGGCGGCGGGGACAGGGUCGCGGCAGGCCAGCACGGAGACGCUGGACAGCCCGACUGGAUCCCAUGUGGAAUGGUGUAAACAGCUGAUAGCUGCAACCAUUUCUAGUCAGAUUUCAGGGUCUGUCCCAUCAGAAAGUGUGUCCAGAGACUACAGGGUGUACAGGAGGCCUGUUAUACGGGAGAUUCAGGAUGGACACAAUGGCUAUCAUUCUGAAGCAGAACCUGAUCAGGCACUGCGGGAUGGAAACAAACUAGCACAGAUGGAAGAGGCUCCACUUUUUCCUGGAGAAUCAAUCAAAGUUAUUGCUAAAGAUGUUAUGUAUAUCUGUCCAUUUAUGGGAGCAGUCAGUGGUACGCUAACAGUGACGGAUUUCAGAAUGUAUAUCAAAAGUGUUGAAAGGGAUCCACCUUUCGUUAUUGAUGUUCCCCUUGGAGUCAUAAGUAGAGUUGAAAAAAUUGGAGUACAGAGCCACGGAGACAACUCAUGUGGUAUAGAAAUAGUUUGCAAGGAUAUGAGAAACUUGCGGCUGGCCUAUAAACAGGAAGAACAGAACAGAUUGGAGAUUUUUGAAAACCUUGUUACACGCGCAUUUCCUGUUUCUAACGGGCUGCCUCUUUUUGCAUUCAGCUAUAAAGAAAAGUUUGCUGUUAAUGGCUGGAAAGUGUACGAUCCAAUGGCAGAAUAUAAGAGGCAGGGCUUGCCCAAUGAGAGUUGGAAAAUAUCCAAAAUUAACAGCACCUAUGAGCUUUGUGAUACAUAUCCUGCUAUUCUUGUUGUGCCAACCAGCGUAAAGGAUGAUGACCUCUCAAAAGUGGCAGCGUUUAGAGCAAAAGGCAGAGUUCCAGUGUUAUCCUGGAUUCAUCCUGAGAGCCAAGCAACAAUAACACGAUGCAGUCAGCCAUCCGUAGGCCCAAAUGAUAAGCGUUGCAAAGAAGAUGAAAAAUAUUUGCAGACAAUAAUGGAUGCCAAUGCUCAGUCACAUAAACUUACCAUCUUUGAUGCCAGACAGAAUAGUGUUGCAGAUACAAACAAGGCAAAAGGAGGAGGAUAUGAAAGUGAAAGUGCCUACCCAAAUGCAGAGCUGGUCUUUCUGGAAAUUCAUAAUAUACAUGUAAUGAGAGAAUCCCUGCGAAAACUUAAAGAAAUAGUUUAUCCUACUAUUGAUGAGACUCGGUGGUUAUCAAAUGUGGACUCUACACAUUGGCUGGAAUAUAUAAGGAUGCUUCUUGCCGGAGCAGUAAGAAUUGCGGAUAAAAUUGAAUCUGGAAAAACAUCUGUAGUGGUACAUUGCAGUGAUGGUUGGGAUCGAACUGCACAGCUUACUGCGCUAGCUAUGCUUAUGCUGGACAGCUAUUACAGAACUAUCAAGGGGUUUGAAGUUCUUAUAGAGAAAGAAUGGAUAAGUUUUGGACACCGAUUUGCAAUGCGAGUAGGACAUGGAGAUGAUGAUCAUGCUGAUGCAGACAGAUCUCCCAUUUUCCUUCAGUUCAUCGACUGUGUUUGGCAAAUGACAAAGCAGUUUCCUGCAGCCUUUGAAUUCAAUGAGUUAUUUUUGAUCACCAUUCUGGAUCACCUUUAUAGUUGUCUCUUUGGGACUUUCUUAUGCAACUGUGAAAAAGAGAGAUUAAAAGAGGAGGUAAGCACAAAGACUGUAUCGCUGUGGUCCUAUAUAAACAGCCAGUUAGAUGAGUUCACAAACCCUUUCUACGUAAACUAUGAAAACCAUGUCCUGUAUCCUGUUGCCAGUCUGAACCAUUUGGAACUAUGGGUGAACUACUACGUCAGAUGGAACCCAAGGAUGCGGCCUCAGGUCCCAAUCCAUCAAAAUCUUAAAGAGCUCCUCACCAUCCGGACAGAGCUUCAGAAGAAGGUUGAAGAUUUGCAGCGGGAAGCUGCUACACGAUCCAUUUCUUCCUCCUCUGAUAGAGGUUCAUCUCCUUCCCAUUCAGCCACACCGGUGCACACCUCUGUGUGAUGUGUAACAAAAGCCAUGUGAAAAAAACCGUGUCGGGUAAUACAGAGAGGAGGGUGAAAUGCUUUUCCCGUCACAAAAGGAUUGUGAGUGACUUGUAAUUGCUAUGAUCUACAUGCCUUACUCUGUGUCUGAUAUUAUGAUGAGGCCAAAAAGAGCUUCAAUAGAUGUGAUGUAUUUUCUUGUUGGCAGUUCCCACGUGUGUUUUGACAUCUCUAGCUAAAUCACCAAUUGUGAAAUUAAACUUUGUUUUGAGCAACUAACAAUUUAACCAUCCUAAAAAGGAAUCCAUCUGCCAAGCAGACAGGAAAAUGCCUCUCACGCUGCCUAGGGUACCAUGCCUGGUUGAGAGAAUCAGAUUAAAUGCCACAUGAUGCUUACACAGAACACAGAACGUUUUUCUGAAUGGGAGCUCCUUAUUUCACUCAAUAAUAUAUAUAUUUUUUUUUUUUUUGGCUAGAGCAAUUUAUUUUUUUUAGGUAAUUAAUGCACUUGGAAAUUGAUUUUAAAAUAAAUGUUUUCCAGUGUAGUCAGUUUUACAUUUUGACUAAAUAUGCCAUUAAAAGUGGAUGAAGUUAAGCCUGAUUUAUCAAGUAUACCACACUGACUUGUCUGAUGUAAUAUAUUUGGUAAAGCAUGUAUUUUAGGUUUUUUAAUGCCUUUUGUACAAGUUGAAAUAAAGUCUUUUGACUGUUUAGCUUAUUGUUCAGUUUCAGCCUCCUGAGCGAGGGGAAAACUUAUUCAUGUCAGAGUCUUGUACAAAGUAAAAGUUUGUUUUCUAGUAAAUGGUAAUAUUUGGGGUUGGAAUGACACCCAGCUGUGUAAAUUGUAUAGUCUGUAUAGCUCCACAUUUUGUUAAGCGUGUUUUCUUUUAAAGUGUACACACAAAAUGCAAAGCUGUGUCCAUUUAUACACAUGUGUAUGUGAUGUUAAACAUAUGCAUACUCCCGUGGGCUUAAGCUGUAAAUUCAGAAAAUGGAUCCUGCCUGUCCAAACUCUUUUGAAGACCUUAACUUGUAAUGACUUUGUUUGACAAAGUUUUUAAAUAAUAUGAUCUUAAUUGGUAUUCUUGAAAUAAAGCCUCUUGGCUUUUUGUUUUUUAAAUUGCUGAUAGCAUUUUUUUCUGUAAAGUGAGUAAUUUAAUGGCGUUUUCAUAUAAAAUAUGCAUUCCCAACUUUCUUUCAUAUCUCCCCCCCCCCAAAUAUUUGUAUUGGAGAGCUUUGAUUUCUAGAACAUCCAGCCUUUUAAAAAAUUAUUCAGUGGCCUUCCCAGAAGGCCCAGAAAUGCUGAAAAUUUUCCCUGGAUUGUUUUCCUUGCUGUGUUUCAUGAGAAUGUGAUUCUUCACCUUAGGGCACUUAAAUACUGCAGCUCUGCUUUUUGACUCGUGCUUGUAUUGCUCCAAGUUCUGCUAGUGGGAUUUAAGCCCCAUUCUUAAGAGCCAAUUGAUUCUGUAUGCUGAUUGUGGGUUUUACCGUCUGUAUUUGUUUAUUACUGCGCAUUUGUUCUUAAUACACGAUGGCGCUUUCCUGUUUCUCUGCAUUCAUAUAUGUAGCAUAUAGUUAAUGAGUAAGGUGAGCCGCUGAGCACUUUUGCAACUUCAACUGGAAAAGCUCAUGUGCUGUAUCCAAUCUUACAAGUUUAGUGUGCAGUGCAGGGUACUUCAACAUGUCCUUUUUAUUAUGGUGAAUGCUUUUUUAUAAUAGAUACCUACAGGAACAAAGUUUAGGAAGGCUUGCAAUGUUGCAUCUCUUAAUCAACCUCAGGCUUUUUAGAAAUAGAUGAAACAUGUUUUCCUGUAAAAACGGUUCUGCUGAACAGUGUGCCAGCAGUGAAUUUUACAUUGCCAGAAUACGUUGAGCUGGUAUUGAAUUAAACUCUUCCAUACUUCGGAUUUCCUUGACAUUUUAACUGUAUAUUAAAGUAAAGCACAUUAUCUCUAAAAUUCAGUGCUAAAGAAAAUCUUUUGAAGUUUUCCUCUUUAUUGCUGCUAACAAUCACAACAUUUUCUCUAUAAUUAUUGUAAAAGUGAUGACUGGAUUAGCUUGGGCAUUCUGAGAUUUUUUUUUUAAAGCUUAGAUUCCUACAGCUAAAAUCUGAGAAUUUGGUUUUGCAUAGAAGAAUACCAGUUAUUUCAACUUACUGGCUGUUUAUCCACAAGUUUCAACAUAGCUCAGUGAGUCUUCUGUGAUGGGAAGGGAGAGCACCGGGGAGGGGGCCUGCUGUAAUAUGUGUAAGCACAGCGGAUGGGUUUGCGUGUACUACCGGGGAAAUUUUGAAAGGUAUUAUAUAGCUCGUAUAUGCUAGUUAAAGCAUCGUUUUAGAUUGAAGAGGUGACUGUCUCUGUACUCAGUCUGAUUCCUGAGAAUCAGAUUUUUGCCUAUUGAUUUAACAACUAAUUCUGUCAUUAUGUUUUAUUUUUUAAUAAGGCAGCACUGAACUGGUUGAGGAAAGAGCAGAACCCUGUUCCCUGUCUGAUGCACCUUGGACAGAACUAUUAACUUCUGAUUGACAAGCUGGAUCUUCUUUUGCUUUUGUUUUUGGUUUUGAUUCUGCUGAGUGUAAAGAGAACGUGCAAAGACAGCAAGCAGUUAAAUCUGACCUAUAGGAUUUUCCUUUUGUCCCAGAAUAGGCUGAAGCCUUGGUAACCAACUGAAACAUUUUUUGAUUGUAAAGUAAGUUAAGUGAAUCAUCAGCAUCAGACACUUUGCCAUUUUAGUCCUGUUUCAGAGCUGAAUUACACUUUUUCCUCCUUUGUAGAUAAAAGUAUUUUUGUUGUUGUUGUUGUUUCAGUAAAAUGGAAGGCUUUUAAAGCUGGUAAA